AGCGACAGCGUCGGGAACAUUCGAAUUCCCGCGUUCGUGUAGUGUCAAACAAGCGAAACCGUAAACGAUCUUUCUGCUCACGGAACGCCAUCCAGUUUGAUCGGUUAACCAACAAAAAUGGAUACCAGGAUCGUGGCGUUACUCGUGUUUAUCACCGUCGCAGGAUCAUUCGCGGAGCUUCACGUGCCAUUUCACAGGGCUCGUAGAAGUCCUAGCAACUAUGCAUGGACUGGAACCAGCAACGGACCUGGCACGGCUGCGUCUUUCGCCAGUGCUUCGGCUGGAUCGUACGGCGGUGGAGCGAGUUAUGGCGCGAAACAACCGUCGUUAGCCACUCGUGGAGGAUUUGAAGAGGGCUCACCAAACGCUGCUAAUGUGCCGAACAUGGCUAGCUCUGGGGGAUUCGGUUACAGUGGAGGAGAUACUCCAUCGUAUUUCGAUCCUAACGCAUUUGUGUUCCCCGGCUACAAUCUGGAGAACUUCCAGAGGCAAAUGGAGGAACAUUUCCGACAGUUGCAAAAUCAAUUCCAGAAACAACAACAAACACUCUUUGACACCGCUAAUCGCAUAGGCACUGAGGGAUAUUCGGGUGGUGCCAACCCGGGUGCGAACAUUGCUGCCUCCAACAUUAGGUUAGGACCAAAUGGUGGCUAUCAGAGCGGUGUAAUCAGUCCGGUUGCACCGGGAUUACAGUCCAGAUUUGGCGAAGAUAUUCCUCCACCUUCCGGAGGCACUUACGGUGUAUUCUCUAGCUCGAGUAGUAAAACUGUUGUUGGUCCGGAUGGCAAACAACAUUCUGAAAAAUCAUCGACGACUGGUGUCAACGAUAAUGGAAAAAUCACUUUCCGUACCGUUCAUGAUUAAAUUUUCCGUCAUCGAUCGGAUUCAGAUUCAGACCCCUAAUUAACUGCUUCUACCGAACAGUCGUACGUUGCGAUAAACUGCGACAGCUUUUGUACUCGUCUCUCAGAACCGAGAUUCUUUGUAACUCAGGGUUAUAAACACUAUUUUUAACCGUUUACAUGUCAAAUAUACUUAAAUGAAUGCCAUAAAAAAUACUCAUCUAUUUAAGUACUUCUCGAAAUAUAAAACGCCCAGAAGAGUUUACAUUUUGGUAACAGAUGAUUUCAUUAGAUAAUUUUAUAUUUAGAGACUAAUACACAGAUUUGCAUUUGGUAGAUAAUUAAUUCACGAGAAUUCUCUUUUCGUAUUAAAUGAAUGUUACACAUAGUGCAUGAAAAUUCACAGUUCAACAGAAAAGAGAUUACCCUCCACUCCAAAAACAGAACUUAGCAACAUAAAAAUUGAAUUAUUCUUGAAACUUAUUUCUCUAUUUAAAAACAUACUAUCUACUUUAAAAAUAUUACAUAGAGAUACUGUAUUUUACCGUAGAUACAUAUGCCU